ACAUGGCAAGAUGUCUGCUGUGUUAUCAGCUGCUCAAGCAUAUGGCUUGUGUUGUUGAUGGCUUGAGCAGGCGAAGUUAAAGUUGAAUUUUUAAGUUUCUUAUGCAUAUAAUUGCCACGUAUUUAGUAAAAUCUAUUCAAAAAUAAAUAAAUUGGUUUUUAUUAUGAAUUGGUCGCUAAUUUUAUCUGCAAACAUGAUGUAGCUAACUGCCUUCAUUCGGUGUUGGUGCGGUACCAGUCUGUGAAUAGUGUUCCUUUUGAGUUUGAUUGGAAAUUUACACCAUGAAUGGGCCAAAACCAGCAUGGUCUUAUUCUGGCAGUGGAAAGAAUGUGAGCCAUUGGGAAGAGCAGAAUAGAAAUAAUUCGACCGUUUCCAAGAUGCAGCACAAGUAUUGGCUAACAAAGCAAACAGUUUUUGAGAAGCUGGGCAAGAAAGAAGAUGAAUGCAUUGUUGCCGCCGAUGCUGAGUUGGAUGCUAAGCUUGAACUGUUCCGAUCCAUACAAGACAACUGCUUACAACUCCAACACAUCAUUGACAGAUAUGAAAAGUCUAUAUGCACUCUUGCCCAAGAGGAGAAUGCAAUGGGGAGAUUCUUGAAAGAUGCUGGUAAACAUGAUAAGACACGAGCGGGGAAAAUGAUGAAUGCUGUUGGAAAGUCAAUGUCUUACUCUGGUCAGCAGAGGCUGGCUUUGAGAACGCCACUUCAUCGAUUAAACCAGGAAGUGGAAACAUUUAGAAACCGAGCUAUCGUUGAUACACUGAUGAACGUUAAAGCCAUGGAAGAAACUAGACGAGAUUACAGGGCGACUCUGAACUGGAUGAAAAAUGUGUCGACUGAAUUGGAUCCAGAUACCGACAAACAGCUAGAAAAGUUCCGAAAGGUACAAGAACACGUCAAACGAAGUAGAUCUAGUUUUGAAAGACAAAAACUGGAUUGUUUGCAAAAAGUUGAUCUUCUUGCUGCAGCUCGAUGCAAUAUGUUCUCACAUGCUCUAAUUCUAUAUCAGCAAAUGCUCUUGCAAUUCACCGAAAAGUCUGUUGAAGCAUUUACUACAGUUGCGAAUAGUUUUAAAGGUAAUCAAAAGUACGAUUUCUGUGUGGUUAAAGAGUUAGCUGAAUUGAAACCAGAGGAAAUAGAAGUUGAACAAACUAAUGUUGCCGAAGAGGACGAUGACAAAUUAUUGGAAUUUGAUGAAGAUGACUGUAGUAAAACAGGCGACCUAUUAAGUAAAGGUGAUUCAGAGGUUGGGAGCAAAGCAGAGAUAGAAAGCGAUGCAAGGCAAACAGUUGGCGAGAAUGGAAAAGUGUCCCAUAAUUCAACUCUGCUAGCUGAUCUGAUAAGCUGCAGCAAUACGAACAAUGACUUCUUGCUUCCAUCUCAACUACUCAUGCAGCAAACUACCGACUUUGAAAGCUUCAAAGAUUCAUCGAAAUCCGUGAUGGAUAGUCAAGCUGGUCUAGCUAACCAGGGUGAAAAAUCACCUUGGUGGAAUCUUUUCUCGGAACUGGAUCCAUUGGCCAAUCCAGACGCAGUUGGAAAAUCCAAAUCGGAAGCUGAUCGCAACUGCUAACAUUCAUAUUGAAGUUGUAAAAUUGAUUGAUUUUCACUGUGAAUAUUCCACUUAUCUAGUCUUGCUUGAUCUUAGCUUUUUAUCCUUUUCCUGCAUUAAAUAUAUUGAAUUUGGUCAGCAAUAGCUUGGCUACCAAUUUGGAGUCAAAUAAUAUUAUUAUUUUAUUGAUAUUAUUAAAAAAUUAAAUUGAGAUGAUUGUAAUAUCAAUUAAUUACUUGACCCAUUAAUAGGAUUUAGUUGCAUUGGUUCCGUUGAAUUAGGCCAUUUCAUUGAGAUUGAAAUAUAAUCAACUAUUAAUUUAUAUCGAAAUUUAAACUGCUUUCAGUUAUAAAUGCAAACUUAUCGUCUUUAUAUUUUUAUUUAUAAAAAAUAAUAUUUUCUCAGUUUCAUUAGCUCAAUAGAUUCUAGUUGUUAAUUACAUUAUUUUAUGGACGUGAUCAAAUAACUUAUAUUGUUUUAUUCUACUUUUAAAGGAUUACAUCAUUUGCAUCUUAUCAGAAUUAGUUAAGCUCUAAAAAGACAAUAACUAAUUUUAAGAAUAAUUUCUCUAAUCUAAAACAAUUAUUCAUUAUUUUCUACAUUAAAAAUUUCAGUCUUAUUUAUUUUUGCAGGGUGAAAAAUCACCAUGGUGGAUUCUAUUCAAAUCAUGGUGAAUAGGUAGUUAUUAAAUAUCACAAAUAUUUUAAUGUGAUCCAAAUUAUUCAUGCUUAUCAUCAUAUUUCAAAUGCAGAGAGAAGGUUAAAAAGCUUCCAUAUUCUAUAGCUUGUGAUUUUUAAACCAAAUUUAUUUUUAUGCUUAUUUCAAAGUAUUUAUAGUAAGCCAACACAUAAUAUAUCUAUAACAAUUUGAGUUUUUAUAUUUAGUUGUUAAGAAAAAGAGGCAUUCCACUAUAAAUAAUGUUAUGAAUCAUAAGCUUUAUCAACUAUUAGUUUGAAAGCUUAUUCAAAUUAAUAGACUUUUCGAGUGUAUCUGUGGACGUUUUUAAUUUUUCUCUAUCGGAAAACGAAAUACCUAACAUCACUGAUACUUUUCAGCAUUUUGUGAUCUUAGCUAUUAUUUUCCAUUAAUUUUGAAGGAUUGAUAUUAAUCAAGGUAUAGGCUAUCAAACGUAUUGUUUGAUAUUACAAGUUGACGUUUUUAUUAGCGUAACACUCUGACUUGUCUAAAAGUCUUUGUCAUUACUAAUUUUGUAAUUGCAAUGAGCUUGCCCAAAUGCGAGGAAAAAUGCAGGUAAUUCGAAAAAGCACCAAUUGAAUGAAGGAAUUCAUGAAAAUUCAUCACUCAAGACCAUGUAACUAUUUCAUUACUGUAAACUCAAUCCUUGGUCAUUGCUUUGAAAAACCCUUUAUUAUCAAAGUUUCUGUCACUCAAAAACAUGAGAUUUACUAUUGCUGCCUAUUUUCCACAUGCCUCUUAAUACUUUAUCAAUUUUAUCUCCGCAGUGAAGGGAGCUGUUGAAAAUAAAUUUUGUUACCGUACUUAAAUACAUGAUACUCUUACUAUGCACAUGUAGUAUCGCAUUUAAAAUAGGAGUUUUACUCUUAAGAUUAAUUUAGAAUUCUAUGUAUUAAGUGUGAAAUCAAUGUUCAUUGUUUUACUAUUGAGUAUUUUAUAUUGUUCCAAAGAAAUAUAUUCACUGUCUAGCUUU